GAAAUUUUGCAAUUAUGAAAAUUGUAUUUCAAAUUAAUUUUUUAAUUAUCACAUCUGACUUCUAUCGAUGUUGAUGUUGCAAAGAGAUAAAAUGUUUGUGGAACUUGUUUAUCUUUUUUCCCAGGUUGCCCAAGCACAUACCAAUGCCUCGGCUCUUCGUGAUGCAAUCCAUCGAAACGCAUCUGCAUCGGCCAAUAACAAUAAUUCAUCCUCUCCGAGCCACCAGCCACGCCCUCCCCCACAGUCUGCCAACGCCCGUAAACCAAUCAGUGCAAAGCGUCUCGCUAGGACAACCCAGGUAGAAGAGGGCCCUAGUCGCAGUGGGAACAGCUUCUACACCAGUCUCAAGUAUAGCAACACGACUGGAGGAGUUACAAACAAACAUCAUAAUGGAUCAGGUUCUAUUCAAGCACAAGUGAUACGUCAUUGACCAUGGGCUGGAUUCUUCAUAAGAGAGCACAAAUAUACAUCUGCUUCUGUGUGCAAGGUAUAUAACUUGAAGUAAGCUUUAAACCCUCAGAGGAACUAUUUUAGGUCUUGAUUCAAUAGUAUUUCCUUGAAAAAUCACACAAUAUCAGUUGGUAAGAGAAAAAUGUACCACGUCACAAAAGUCUUUGCUUUUUUGAGAUAUCCUUGCUGCUAUACCUUUAAGGGAAAUGUGUGAAACUGUACCGGUGAACUUAAAUGAGGAAGUUAAAUUAUAUGAAAUUGGAAUUUAAAAAUCUAUGUUAUAGUAUAUGUAGGAAUAUAAAUUUGAUGUAGAAGAGAGGAAAGGUGCCAUCUGGGAAUUUCUCUUUUCUUGGCCAAUACUGAUUAUGAGUGAACAGUUUCACUCAGUAAUACUUGACAUGGUUUUGGAGAGGCUAAUGUAGAUUAAUCCCUUAGUCUGGAUAUUUUUCAUCAAUAAACAUAUUCUGAUCAAAUUCAAAAGCCUUAAAUAUAGAAAAAUAACAAUAGAAUGAAACUGAAGAUUGAUACAGAGAUUUCUUAAUACUAUUCCUUUGCACUGCCAAAAAAUCUUGCUCUGUUUAAAAAUCUUCCAUUCAUGUCACAAAGUUGAUUUCCACUGUUUUAUAUUUCACCAUUCAAUGGUCUGUGAAUUUCUACCAUGAGGCUUUCAGCAACGGCAAACUUGUAUUCUUUGUAGAAUAAAAUGUACUUGGAGCGUUUUUAAAGUUGCCAUGACAAGUAAAAGUGUGCCUUAAGACAGAAAAAAAAUUAGCAAUUAAACUUUUAAUGCAGAUUGAUUUCAGAGCAAUAAUUUCAAUCUAUGAAAUUAGAAUGUAGACAUCAUACAUGUAUCUUCCACUGAAACCUGUACAUCCUUUGUUUGUCAUGAAAGAAAUCUGUAUGCCAGUUUUCUAUUUACCUACCGGUAUAACUUUUUCAAUGUGUGCACCGUACAUUCCAAUGCUUCAUCUGGUACAAGAUGGGAGCGAUAUCUUUAUUUUAUAUGUCUUGUACUCUCUUUUUUUUCAUGGAAGGAGUGGGUAUAUCAGAGUGGAGUUUUGUUAAUUUCAUGUGUGUUGUUCACUAUUUAUUAUAUAUUGCAUCUGUGUGCCAACUUAACUUAACUUUUUAUUGACUACAGAGGCCUUUUUGUUUGAUGUAUAAUAUAAGGUCGGUGUCUUUCUAAGAGCUGUAAACUAUUUAGAAGGUAAAUAUUUUUAUAUUUUAGAGAGAAAGUUGUUUUUAUCAGCUUGUGUAUAUUAACAGCCGCCAUCCAUGGCUUCUUAGAUGUAUUCAUAUGGUAAAGUGUUAUGGCUGUCCUGUUAUAUGUAAUAUAGUCUUGCACUUCUGAAACCUCAAUCAGAAAAAGUGUCCAUAGUCCGCUGCUCCAAAUUGGUAACUACCAGAGAUUAUUUACAUCAAAACUUGUCAGAUUUUAAUAUUCAUUAUGAUUUAUUAUGAUACAGCUAUCAUAAUAAUUGUCAAGAGAAUCAUUAUAAUCAUUCAAUUUUGAUUGAUGGCUGCUUUCUUUUUUUCUCCAGUGGGAUAGUACGGUUUGGUUUUAUUUUUUAGUAAUCAAAAUUUGAUUUUACAUCUUAAAUAAUAUACCCUGAAGAGUUGCUGAUUUGUUAUCAAGUGACUUCUGAUUAAACUCCUUACUUUCUUGGUGAAGAACCAACCAUUCACAAUUUCACUAUAUGUUUAAGAUAGGUAUGUUCCAGGUUUUGUUUUUAGGAAUUAUUUUAUGAUCAUUAUUUUUCUACAACAAAAACAAUCACAAAGACUUAAGAAAAUCAACCCAAGGUAAUAUUAGUAUCCUUUCUAUCCAUCAUCUAUCGAAUGUGCAAAGAUUACAAUGAUGUAUUACGUAAUCCAAACAUUAUUUCUAUGGUUUAUACAAUAGGGUAUUAAAAUUGCCCUUGAUUUUAUUUCUUGAAAGUCUUUGUGACCGUAUUAAGGUGAAAACAUUGAUUGGCAGAGAUCAUGCUCCUCCAGUUUUACACAAUCAUUUUUGAAGAUAUGCUUUAAAAACUGUAACAGUUUGUAGAAACAACAUUGUUUUGGUAAUGCGUCAUACUACUUAUAUGUAAAAUAAAUUUAUAUCUUUUUAUAACCUUUGUUUUAUAUUGUACAUUUAGAAAGGUGUGAUAUUUGUGUGUAUGAUAUGUUUUUCUUGAAAAUUGUAUCAAAUUAUCAUUCUUUGAUCCAUCUAUAACCAGAUUCAACUAUUGAAAAAUAAACCUUGAAAUGAAAUAUAUUGUUUAGAAAAUGAAACUUGA